ACCAGUGUGUGUUUAUACGCACGCUGGUGGUUUUUUGUGAAUGGAGCUCAUUACGUAUGCAGCCUUCUCGCGCUCCAUUCACAAACUGCUGCUGCUGCCUCUGUCCGUCUUCCUUCCCCUCUCAGUCUGCGUGGAUCUCAUUAAAACAGCCUAAAUGACCACAAACGGUUAAGGCAUGGAUUAUAAGAUGGAUGGAUAUCUGGACCAGCAAGUGCCUUAUACUUUAGCUAAUAGGUCGCAAGGAAAUGGGCCCCUAAAUAGACUGUUGAUGGCGACGAAAAGGAAAUACAUGGACACCGAAUUACCCCCUCAGGAAUCUGAAGAUCUUUUUCAGGAUUUAAGCCAACUUCAGGAGACAUGGCUCACCGAAGCUCAAGUUCCUGACAACGAUGAGCAGUUUGUUCCUGACUUCCACUCAGAAAACUCAGUGGCAUUCCACAGCCCGCCUGUGAAGAUUAAGAAAGAGCCUCAAAGUCCAGGUUCAGACCCCAGCCAGUCUUGCAGCCACAAGCAGAGCUUCAGCUACCCCAAUGGAGAGCAGUGCCUUUACGCCAGUGCCUAUGAGCAGAAGAGAGCAGCUGUGGCAGCAACAACAGCAGCAGGAGGAUCUAAGAGCUCUUGUCCAGGGACACCCAUGUCCCCUAUGCAGCAUUACUCCCCUAAACCAACAGUGGGAACUCGGCCGGAGUCAGGGUACAUGAAUCCACCCUCAGCUAGCCAAUCCCACGCCUGUCACAGCCACAGCCAUAGUUACCCCAUGAACCCCAGUUCCAGGUUCCCUUCCGGCUCUGCAGAGAUGUGCCCACCAUUCUCUUCCCAAGGCCAGGCCCUGCAGCGCAUGCAUCCUGCCCACGCCAGCGGGGGCGGAGGCGGCAGUUACCAUAGGCAACACUCUGACCCCUGCUUGCCUUAUCCUCCUCAGCAGAACUUCAAACAGGAGUACCUGGACCCUCUGUACGACCGAGUGGCCCACAUGGCCGGGACACAGCCUCAGAGGUUUCCUCCUGCCCAUAUGAUGGUCAAACAGGAACCCACUGACUACACUUACGAACCUGAUGUGCCUGGUUGCCCCUCCAUGUACCACCACAAUGAGGUCUACCCCAACCCACAGCACAACAGUGAAGGCUACAUGUUUGAAAAUGAUUCCCGUGUUGUCCCUGAGAAAUUUGAAGGUGAGGUGAAGCAGGAAGGGGGCGGUGUGUUUCGUGAAGGUGCCCCAUAUCAGCGCCGUGGCUCACUGCAGCUCUGGCAGUUCUUGGUAGCCCUCCUCGACGACCCCGGCAAUGCACACUUCAUCGCAUGGACCGGCCGUGGCAUGGAAUUCAAACUCAUUGAGCCAGAGGAGGUGGCAAGACUCUGGGGGAUGCAGAAGAACCGUCCAGCCAUGAAUUACGACAAACUGAGUCGCUCUUUGCGCUACUAUUAUGAGAAGGGAAUUAUGCAAAAGGUGGCGGGUGAGCGUUAUGUUUACAAAUUCGUGUGUGAGCCGGAAGCUCUGAUAUCCUUGGCUUUUCCCGACAAUCAGCGGCCAAGUCUGAAGGCAGAAUUCGAACGCUACGUCAACGAGGAGGACACGGUGCCGCUGUCUCACCUCGAUGAGGCAGCGUCUUACCCUCCCGAACCAGCUGCCACCAACAUGGGCCAACAGCCCUACUCCAAAGGCUACAUGUACUAAUGCCACGACAUUCUCCCAAGUUCCCCAUCCCAGUUUACUACCCGCUGCACCUAUUGCACAUGCCCACCCCAUCCACUUGUAUAUAAGGCUAUGUUUUUUUUUUUUUGUUUUGAUUAAAUUAAUCUCAUUAGGGACUCUGCAUUCCUCUCACUUCUGAGGCCUAUCUAAUCUAAACACAUUACUGUGGUUCAAGAGAUUGCUUAAUAAAGACCCAAUAUUACUACUA